AGUGGAAAAUUCCAGGCAAGGAGGCCGCGUGAGCCCCGCCGUCGCCAGCGCUGCCCUCCCCACACACAAGGCACCGCUCCGCGUUCCUUCCGCAGGGGCGGCCCGGGCUGCACGGGGUGGCUUCCCCCAGCCUUCGCCCUCCCCUGAACCGUGCGCGGCGGGCAGAGGGCUCCGCUUUCCUUCCUCGCCUUCCCCGGGCAGUGCCCGGUGCCGCGGCUCGGCGGGGGAGAGAGGAGGGCGGCUGUGGCGCCUCGACGAGGAGGCGGGGGUUGCGGUCGCCGCCGGCCCGUGUGGUAAAGGCCGGGCGCACAUUGUUCUAGCGGCCGCGCUCCCCGCGGCGCGGCGGGGCCCGUCCCUCUCUCUCUCUUCCCUCCUCCUCCUCCUCCGCCUCCCCGUCCCUCUCCCCUCCCUCCCCUGGUCCCUCCUUCCCUCGUCACCGGGCGGUGUAUAAAUCCCCCUUCCCCGCCGUUAUCCCCCCCCACCGCGGGAGACCCUGGUACUUUGGCCCCCGGGGCGGGAGCCCGCCGCCGCCACCACCACCGCCGCCGCGUCGCCUGGGACUUUGCGCUCCCGCUGCUGACCGCUCGCCCGCCUUCCCUCCGUCCCUCUCUCUCCCCUUCGCUAACCCCCGAGGGCCAGGAUGUCGGAAAAACGCGUCGAGGAGGCGCCGGCGGAGCUGAGCGCUAAGGAAAUGAAAGAAAAGAAGGAAAAACUCGAGGAGAAAACGGUCCAUAAAGAAAAGAAGAAGGAGAUAGCAGAGGAUGAGGAAAAUGGAGCGGAAGAGGAUGAGGAAGAGAAUCCUGAUGAUGUGGAUGAAGAAGAAGGUGGCGAUGAAGAUGAAGAAGGAGAUGAGAAUGGGCAAGAGCAGGAUGGUCACGCAGAAAAACGAUCUGCAGAGGAGGAAGAGGAUGAAGUGGAUCCAAAGAGACAGAAGACAGAGAAUGGGUCUUCAGCUUGAGUCCUCCCCUCCCAUCUCCUCUGCUCCGUCCAUCUCUCCUCCUCCAUUCCAGCCUGUGCUUGCACUGUCCAUUAGCCUCUGGCUUCACACAAUCUCAGAUGAGGAAAGAUUAGAAAUGCUCUCAAACAGGGAAGACAGCCGUUUCUUCUCACCCGAAGACCUAGCCCGUCCGUGACCUUCCCCAGCUGAAAUUAUUCCAGCCCCCGACCCCCCUGUCCGUCCAGCUCUGACCCACUUACAAAUGAUCCUCUUCCUUCAGGAAUCUCAUCGUUUCUGGGGGCCACGUAUGUGACCUUGCCAGGCCCGUGUACCAGGCUCCUCGCCUGCCUCCUCCUCUUUUCACUUGCCCUCUUUUUUUUUUUUUUCUAUUUUUUUAAUUUUGUCACUAGUAUGUCUGAGAUCCUUGACAGCUUCUUUGCUCCCCAGACGUGCUGUCAGAUCUCCUCCCUGAGUCCAGGAGGCUGCAGGCACAGGUCUCACGGUGCAUUUUCCAGGCCUGGGCCUCCUCUCGCCUGCUUCCCCGCUGAACCCUGAGAGACAAAGGAAAAGAAUGUUACAAGCAAAUAACGGUUCUAUUAAACCACACAAGGAGACAGAAUUUAUUUUAAGCUUCUUUUUUUUUUUUUUUCUAGUUUACAUGACAGCAAGCUGGCCCUCGUGAAUUUUUUCAGAAGAUAAGGCUUGUUUUUAUAUACAAAUUUCAUCUGAACUGUGUAUUUUUUUAAUUUGGAGGCUUUUUUAAAACAAACCAAGAGAGAAACGAUUGGGGACCAAACUUUGAUUUCCCUUUUUUUUUUUUCCCUUCAGAUUUUCUUGUGACCAUUUUUUGUAAAUUAAAGGCAAUAGAGCCACAGCGUUUUCUACGGCACAGACAUCACGAGGAUGAUAGAUAUAAAUAUAUAUAUUGUUUUCAACUAGCACUGUAAAUAAAAGCGUUUAAAAAUAUUUCAAA